AUGCUGGGUGAAGCUCCUCAUACAGUCUUCUGUCUCGCCCAUGCCUUCCAUGCGCACAUCGGAGCUAUGAAUGAUGUAGAUACAGUUGGAGUGGUUAUGAAAUUUCCAAGUGGCGCCAUCGGUCAGAUAGAUAUGUCACGCCAUGCUGUUUAUGGCUAUGAUCAACGUGUUGAAGUGUUUGGAUCUGGUGGAAUGCUCACCAGUGACAAUCAAAGCAGUCUCUGUGCCACCUAUUUUCACACCAGUGGGAGCACACAGAAUCCCAUCAAAGUUUCCUUUCCACAACGAUAUUCCGAAGCUUAUGAGUUAGAAAUGAAUCACUUUAUCGACGUAAUCAAACACAAAGACAAUUUGCUCAUCUCAAAAGAUGAUGUACUACGUUCAUUCACCGUCGUGGAAGCUAUUGAGAAGUCUUUCCGGACCGGAAAACCAGUCAGUUUAUGAAAAGAGAUGAUUGACCAGAACUAAAAUCUGAAAUAUUACAAUUAAUGGUAGUUUUUGGCCUAGAUUCUGAAAUUUUAAGUUAAUUUUAGUGAUUUUCCUCUUUUCUGAAAAUGAAGAAAUUUUACUAUUACUUUUAAAUGCAGAUUUGUUGGACAUUUGAUUAAAUUUUGCCGAAAAACGCUCAUGUCAAUGAUGGUGGCCGAAAAUUAAAACACCGAAUAUUUAACAGUUAUACGUGCCCCGUUGGUUAUGGUAAUCUCAUAUUCGGUAAGCCUGAGUAGAAUCAUGAAUUGUUGGAGUAACAACAGAAAGAAAUAACCCUAACAACUAGCUAUUAUGUGGUUUGACAACGACCGGAAGACAAUUGACUUUCCCUUGUCCCAAAUGUCGUUGCAACAUGCAAAUUAAUCUUGUAAUGCAUCAAGCAAAACUGCCUAAAUUUCCGUUACAUUCCUUGAAAAAUUUCAUACCAAAUUUAGUGGCUUUUUGGUGGAUAUGGAAGUCGCAUUUUCUAUUAGUUCUGCUAUUUUUUUAAGUUUCAUACUCUGGGGCAAACCGACUUUUUACGGCCAUUUCUUCAAGGCUCGCUCAUGCACUUGCUCGCUUGCAGACGAAUUCAUUAACAAUAUUUGUCGUAGCUAGGUUAUGAGCUGUGAGCUAGGUUACAAGGUCAUAACAUAACUCGGUUCAGCCAAUCAGAAGGCAAGAAAUUCAACAACGGUGAUCCAGUUUUUACCAAACUAAUUUAUUUCGUGCAGGAACUGGUUUAGGAUUCAAAGAGUAACAGAAAGUUUCUGAAAAUUUCCCUUACUUGCGCACAAAAUGGCUUAAGGUUUUUUGCUUUUGUUUGUUUGUUUCUAUUUUUGAGUUAUAAAAAAAAAAAAAAAAACUCCACGUCAGCAUAUAGAGAGUAGUAUGUUGCUCGCACCAAUUAGAUCGUUUAGGGUAUGUAUCUCGCAUCAAUCAGAGGGUCGAUUUUGUUUUUUGGUUUGAGAGGUGCUCAACGAAGUAAUGCGGGAUUCGGAGAGAGCGGUUCGUAAAAUAUAAUCAUCUUUUAGCAUGAGAAAUGUUGGCUUUUCUGUAUUUUUAACGUGUAUUUUACCGCGCUUUAUGAGAAAUGCGAUACUACUGGACAGAUGAAAGACAUCACCUACGGUAAACGUGUUACAUGCUGUGAAAAUGGUGGAUAGUUGUUCGAGAGAAAAUGGAGUCCUGUGCAAUGUAGCACGAUCAUGGUCAUUGUUCCUUCACGACGAGAGUGAAUGGAAAAAUUUGGAAUCAAAUAUUACUUGAGGUGUUAAUGAAUUACACCAAACAUUUUGAUUUUAGCAGUUCUUUAACGGCAAGCUGUGUUGCAAGAUUCAUGAGUUGUUGAUUAGGCCGAUUGUAUUUUUCUGGAUUGGUUUGCUCGGUGCUAUCUCGAUCUCUAGAUGAAUGUCUGAUUAAAAUUAACUAUGGACGAUAUUGUAUAUGGUUCCGAUGGCUGGAGAAAGUGAUCUUGUGAAGUCGUUCGUGUUUGGCCAUGGACGAAUUCAGAUACCAUCGUUGGCAUGUUUAUUUGAUUUUGUUAUCUGGAAUGAAUGAUUUACGGAGGUAAGUUAAUAUGAUGUAAUCCACUAACGUCGAAAAUGUAUCAAGUCCAAGGAACAGUUUUGGUCUCAAUCCGCAUUUGUGUCGACAAAAUAAACACAUACUACUUAAAAGAUAAUAAUACGGACCACGUGCAAAGCUGUCAUUGUUUCUCAAAUAUUGCGUGCGUUAAAUAUUCAAUAGUGACAUCUCAUUUACAUCUACAUCUACUUUUAUUGUUAGUAAAAUCUGUACAGACAUCACACCAAACAACUCGUGCGCAAAGGGAGAAGACUAUACGAAGGCUUGAAAUUAUAUUAAGAUCGACUUUGAUCAAGAAACGGGCUAGGAAUAUUCCACAAUAGUGCAAAUAAUCGUGAAAGGUGUCACGGAGGAGCGAUUGCGUGACGCUCGGUAAGUUGUAAGAUAACAUGCUAUCACAUACCAGACGAAAAAACUCUUUAGAUUCUCAUUCUGCAUUUUGUAACCACUCUGCAGUCAACAUUUUGUACCUAGUCUACAUUUUGUAUCCGGUCUGCAGUCUGCAUUAUGUACUUACAGGUAUCCGUGGCACCAAUACAGUUUAUUUUCAGUUACAGUUAUUCGCACAACACAUACAAUCAACCAAAAAAUACCUGUGUGAGAUUUAAUUCGGCAUUUUCGUUCUUUUUCGCGUUAAUACUCUUCUUUCCUUUUGUAAAAAUGUAGACAUCACAUACAAUGUUUCAAGUAAUCCACCCACCCCCAAAAAAUAAUUCUUGCAUGCAUAGCAUGCCUAUGUUUUUUCAAACUGCUUUGUUUUUAUCAGCUCCCUUUUCCUUCUCAGCUUGUUAUUAUGAAUGCAAGGCAAAGGAAAAUGGAAUCAAAUACACAUGUAAUGAACUGAAGGUCCUGGGUCAUUUUUGAGUUAUUUAAAAAAAAGAUAAUAAUAACUCUAUGUUAGUGUCAGGAACCAUUAAGGUAUCUGUGGCACCAAUACAGUUUAUUUUUGGUUACAGUUAUUCGCACAACACAUACAAUCAACCAAAAAAUACCUGUGUCUGAGUUUACUCGACAUUCUUGUUCUUUUCUGUUAUAAUACUCUUUCCUUUUGUAAAAAUGUAGACAUCACUUAAAAUUUUUCAAUUCAUCCACCCAUCCAAAAAAUAACAGAGCAUGCCUAUGUUUAACAAAAGUCAGUAUGAUUGAAGUGAAAUGCAGAUGUAUUUAGAAACCACUGUUUACCAGGGUAUCAUUGGAGAACACAGCAAAAUAAACCAGAAGAACAGCUAUCAUGGCAAACAUCAGUGUGCCUAAGUUUUGGGAGUCCAUCAGCAAUUCCACAAGAGGUAUGCUUCCGAUCUGCCAAUCAUAGCUCAACACACUCAAUGAUAAAAGCAACCAAGAGUUGAAUGCAAUCAGAUAUGAGUAAGUCAUGAUGUGAGAACUGAGACAGUCUGAAAAUGAGGAAGGGUUGUCCUGAAGUGUAAAAUGUGGUAGAUUUCCUCCAAGCAUCCAUACUCUGAAUGCCAUGAGACAAAAAACCAGUGGCUAAAAAAGAAAAACAUCCAGGUUUACCUCAAGUGAGUAAAAAGGGUAUUAACUCUGAACAUAAUCAGCUAGGUCAUUUGCUUUUUUCAACUCUUUUCUCAAAAUCCCUACAAAACUUUAAAUCCUAAAUAUAUGCCUCCACACUGUCAAAUCACAUUACACUUUUUAGAAACAAAUUUACUAGCACUUACAGACACAGAGAGAACAAUUGAUACAGUUCUUUCUCCAACAACUCUGCUGGUAAAUACAGUCAAACAGGAACAUGGGUUGUUUUUAUUUCAUAAAAACUUCCUAAAAGAUAGUUGAACAAAGAUUUAAAACAUACAAAUGGCAAACAAUACUCUUGAAAAGAGGAUCCACUUGUUUCAUGAAAUAACUUCUUUCUUUCUUCCUUUUUCACUAAAAAUUGCUUUUUCUUGAUUUUUUUCUAUCAACUUGAGGUUCAGGCUAUUUCCUCUAGACCCUUUAACUUUCAUGAGUGACCAAGACAGAAUUUCUCCUUACUAUAUCUAUAAAAAAUCAUAAAAACAAGAGAUGAGAAUAAAGAAAAAUAUCAAUUAUGGGAUUACUAGUUGAUCCAAUACCAAAUUCUCCAAACUUACAUAAUGAGAAUUGUUUGGCAGACAGUAAAGAGAAUUACUUAUGAGAUCUUAGGAGUUAAAGGGUAAAGAACAUUUUUAAGUCAUUUAAUGUCACCUAAACUGUAGCUCCAAUGUCUUGUGAUCUCUCAUAGUUUUUUUGUACUCAGCAAGUAAGGCAACAGUUCACAGAAGUUCCAAUGUAAUUUAUAUGAUAAACUGAAUCAUGUGCAGUUUGAUCCUCGUGAUCUAUUGGAGGAAAGAUGCAUAUAUGAUGUUUAGAUUAAUAACCUUUUGCUUUUUCAUUGCAUAAAACAAAUAGAUUCCCUGUUUCAUGGAAUAGUUAACAACAGAUCUUAGAAGUUUGAAGGUUGCGAAAGAGUGGCAUGACCUGAACUUACAGCUUCUGUAUGGACAAGAUGUGUAGCAAAUAGAAUUCCCGCGAUAAAUGCAAAUAUACUGGACUUGAAGGCCACCACCUUGCACACACAAGUAUACAACAGACAAACAAAUCUGUGAAGAACAACAUUGACCACAUGGUAUCCAAAAGGUUUUAACCCAUGUAUCAUGAAAUUUCUGUGAAAGGUUAAGACACAAAGCAGUCUGUGCAACUUAUGGCUUGUAUUACUCUAAUUUGGCUUGCCCCUGAAGUCAUUAGAGAGUAUGUUCAGCAGCAGAGUUUCAGGGUGAAUGUCCAUGUUUUCUUUGAUCACAAAAAUAUCAUCAAAAAAUGUCAUCAAAAAAAGAAAUUGCCCAGUAUAAUGUGGGCAGUGUAAUGUGGAGAGAGCUUAUUAUGAAGGGUUUGUCAUCAAACAGUCCAAUCUGGAGGCAGAGAGAUGGUUUCUUGAAGCAGCAAGAGAUGGUAAACCUACAGGCAGUAUAAAGGCUCAAACAGUAUUGGGUUUGUUCUACUCCAGACCUGGUGAAGACUCUUUUGACUUACAGAAGGUUGGUUAGCAUUUGCUAAUUAAUGCAUGUCAACACUCAACAGCAUUAUCCUCUUCCAGUCUGUGUCUGGGGUUCAUUUAGUAAAAACAGAGCCCAAUAUUUAAAAUGGCACAUAUUUAAUAAGUACAUACCACUCAAGUUUAUGGUCCCUUUUUGCACAUGCUGAUUGGCUAAUUUGGAGGUAAAUAGUGAGUAAUAUUUACCUCACAGUAGCUGAAGAGGCAAAAUCAGGCAUCAGGAUUUUAAUUUCUGACUAUUGUUUGGUAUAGUAAGAGAAAUACACUGACUUUUUUUGUAUCUGUAUGGUACACACUAAAAAAUUUAUUUACCUCAAUGUUGGUGAAAUUGGUGGAUAUUACCUCCACUGUGGUGAAUAACUGUGAAAUAUAGUAGAGUGAGAAAUAGAAAGAGAGAGGCUUUGGGCACUGGUCACUUGACGAACAUGAAUAGACUCAAGCAUCCCUUAUUUUUCAUCCUCCUACAAUUUUUGAGUGGUUUACUAUUGUUACUGAACCCCUGGAAGAGGCAAUAGCCACUGCGCACAGUAGUCUUUUUUAAUAUUUUAUAUACUCCAGGGGGAAUCUUAGGUUAAUCAUAACAUGUAUCCCUAACUUUGUCUUACUGAAACUUUUUUAUCUGUAACACAUUAGAGUAAACUAUAAAAUAAUGUUCAUUUGUUCUCAUUAUGUUUUUCUUCAGGUUUACUUUUGGCAUCAGGAAGCCACAGGUAAUAGGGGCCUGGAGUCAAAAGGUACAAUAUUUAAUUAAAAUGAUCCAUGUUUUGCAAAAUUACAAGAAUUCAGAGUAUUUUGUGUGCUUGUGCAUGAUUUAACACCACUUUCCUGAUACCAUCAGGUGCAUUAGCUGAAUUGGAAAUGGCUUUGAAACAACUUACAACUGAGCGACGGCAUUUAUUGCUUUGGUUUUGCUUUACUUUGCUAUGAGAUUAAUCUUAAAAACUCACACAUCAGCUUCUCAGUUAAAUUCUAUGACAAAUCCAACAUUUGCUGAUAUUUCUCGGACUUCAGGCAGUUUGCUCGUUUUUUUGUUGUUGAAUAAUUAUGGGCUCUUUGUCAGAACCAGUUCUCUGUCUCACAGAAUAGUCUUGAAAUUAACAUAGCAGAGAACCUUGCUUGUGUUGAGGUUUUGUGAUCAUCUGCCGAGAAUGGAAUACCAUGUACAAAAUGUACAAACAAAUUCAUGAUGCGCGUAUCAUGUCAGAGCGUCAGUCUUCGGUAAGAAGGACCGGUCCCAUAAUAAGGACCCGUCGUUACUUAUCAACUAGCGGGAAGGGGUUGUCGCAUGAAUUUGGUUGAGUCACAGUAAAAUUUAUCCGAUCUCCCUAGGUUGUGAAUAAUAACAAAUUCAGAAAAUACAUUCCUAGACGCGAGUUAUAUAUUAAACGCUUUACAAAAAGACAGAGACCUAAUACACGAAUUUGUUCUCGUGUCACUCACCUGGCGUAAAAACGGGAUCCGUAUAAAGGCCUAUUUACACGGUACGACUUUGUCGCAUGCGACAAGCUUACGACAGGCUUACGACACGAAUUGUUUCGUGUAAAUCAAACCUACAACUCGCUUACGACUCUUAAGUCAUGUCGUAGGCCUUUCGUAAGCUUGUCGCAUGCGACAAAGUCGUGCCGUGUAAAUAGGCCUUAAGAAGCCCUUUGCCAGCUAAGAACGACUUCGUCACGCUCCACGUUUAAUAAAAAAUGUAGCAUGAGAAUUUCAUAAUACGAUUAAAGAAUAGAGGACACCUAUAUGAAGGUUUUGAGAAACCUAUCUCCGGAGUCAUUUUCUGCGGGAGAGAAAGUAUACUUAAAAACAACAGAUGCACACAGAAAAUUUAUAUUUAUUUACCUUUUGUAACACAAUCUCAUAUAGCUUUGCCAAACUUCAAGAACAUGCAGAUGGGGAAAUGACACCCUAAAACUAACCCUUAUUGUCGCAUCGCAAAGGAAAAUCAUUAAAAUAUAUACUUAUGACAGCUGAACUUUGAGGGCAGAAGAUUUCAAAGCGCUAGCGAAUGGCAGGAGUCGCACAAGCCAAUCAACAUCUUUUAACGGUCGACCGCCUUUUGUUACCCGGCUGACCCUAUGUGUCGCCUUGCACAAUGUAGAGUAAUUCACGAGUUGAGUGAUUCCUUUCGCUACUCUAAUUUAACUGUCCCUCUUUCAAUGAUCAAAUAAUAGAUUUACCACACAAUAAUUGCGAUCAAUUAAUUGGUUUUUAUUUAGGAAAGAAGAUUCACAACACGACUGAGUAUAUAUAGGAAAUGUCCUUACGAUAGUAACGCUGUGUAACGCACUGCACGCAAUACAACAAUACGCCUUUUGCGGUUAUAGCCGGUCACACACUACCACUUAAAAUGACUUAGAGUGAUUUCUAAAAUGACCCUGGAUAACCUAAUAUGACCUUGAGUGAUGUGAACAAUGCGGCGUUGACAAAAUCUGGAUCGGACCGGAUCGGAUAGGAUUGUUCAUUUCGGUUCGCUGAUUUUACGUGGUUUAGCAUUUUGUUUUCGGUUUCCCGGUUUGUCUUGGAUCUGAGCGGCAAUUAAGCGCCUCCACUGAUCUCGAACAGCCGCGAAACACAAAUGCUAUUGAGAGGAAUGCGUGACAAACUUACGGAGCGCUGAGCCAUUUCAUGCCAUCUCAUAUCUCCCCUUCUUUUUAAGUCGUUUUAGCUCAUUCCUUAUUUUUUUAACGCUACCAUGAUGCAACGCAAUCAUGCGGCGUUAACAUGCACUGCUUCUUGCGCAACGAUCUACACGUACAAUAUCUGAUGUGUUGAGAGAAAGGAUCGAAUGACUCGCGCCGGAAACCGUCCAGCUACGAAAUAAUGAUAAAGAGAAUCCGUAAAUAUUGUAACGUUUUGUCUCUGAACAGUUUGGUUAGACAUAUCUUCACGUUGCCUUGGUUGGGGAACGUCUGCUGUUUCCGUUUUCGGUUUCUGUCGACACUGAAGCUAAGGUAGGCACUCAUCCGUGGGCUUAUAUCCGGAAAUCUUGCUUCAAGAAUGCGUUACUCGUUUCACUUUCAAAAGAAAAAAUAUAUAUAUAAAUAGUCGUAGUGACUCAACUUGAGUUCUUCGACCAACGUAUGAACCGCACAGGUGUCGAUAAACAUUGAGUAGAUUUUUAAUUUAAAUUUACGUUGCUUUGGUUAGGGAAUGUUUACUGAUUACGUUUUCGGUUUCUGUCGACACUGAAACUAAGGUAGGCACUUAAGUGUGGGCUUAUCCGGAAAUCUUACCUUAAAGCAUACGUUACCUCAGUGGGCUCAAGCUCACGUCUCGACACACAGGACGUGAGCAAGUGUUAUUGAUUUUCCGUGUAAAAUAUUCAUAUUUCGAAAUAUUUAUCGUUGUAAAUCGACCAUAUUUUGUUCCCCAUACUAUUCUUUAUAACGUGUUCAAAUUUUCAACGGUUCCUCUCGUAACUUAACACCGAGUCACACAUCGCGUGAUGCGUUCAUGAAUUAAUCCUUGGCUUUUUCUCGAGACGUGAGCUUGGGCCGCCCAUGACGUUAUUCGUUUGAUGAAAUAUCAAAAUAGAGAAAUAUAAAUAGUCGUAGUGACUCAACUUGAGUUCUCCGACCUAAAUGUGAACCACAAAAAUGUCGAUAAACAUUGAUUAGAUCUUGAAUCUCCUCAAUGCCGUAGAUAUUGUAGAGUCAACAAACGUAGUAAUGCUUCUUUGCACUUGAGUGAGUCCAACUAUGCAUUCAGAACCAAUCGAAACUGAGAAAAUACAAACAUCGAACAGGAGGAAAUCGUUAGAAGGCCGGACUUUCUUUUUGUCUCAUGAUAUGACGACAUUUUAUAAAUAACGUCGCGUGACAUUACCGUAUUCGUUUUGCAUCCCAGAAAAAUUAUUAAUUCUGUUUGUAUUUUGGGUUGUGAACGCAUACUAUUAAACACCGAGAUAAACCCCAAAUUCAUUUUGUUGGCGUCGAAGUGUUUGUUAUCACAAAAUAUGUUUAUUCAUCUCAUUGUUAGUCGGUCAUGUUUGGAAAAUGUGAUUUGCACGUCACUAGCAAUAAUACCUCCUACGUGUUCAGAGGGAACUGAAAUUAGAGACAGAUUUUUCUUUAUGAGAGUAAUGUUAAGCACGAAGUCAGUUUUGACUCCACUAAUGUGAACAAAGACCGAUUAUUUACGGCAGCUUGUCAUGGCCACGUGAGAUCAACUGAAUUUACUCAAGACGUAAUUUCCUGAAUUCCAUAGGCCUUACGUCAGUAGUAAGUCUUCCUGUUGAUGGAAGUCGUGCUGAAUGUGACCCAUAACGCUUUUUCUAUUUAAUGUUUCCCUUUUAGUUGAAUACUAUGAGUCACGGUUCCCGUAUCGGUUUUGUGGUGUUUGGUUUGGGUCGAGCAGGUAUCAUCCAUUCCACAAACCUCAUACGAAACCCACAGGCAACCCUGAAAUGGAUCGUAGAUAUUGACGAAGACAAGGCCAAGAACUUCGUGACAGAAAAUUUCACGGAUACACAAGUUAUUGCCCCAUCCGACAUGAACAGAGCGUUACUUGACCCAACCGUGCAGGCUGCAGUGGUAGCCACUCCAACUGACAUGCACGAGGAUAUUGUGAUGCGAUGUUUACGAGCGGGAAAAGCUGUCUUCUGUGAGAAACCAGUUGCUCCUACCUUAGAGGCUAUAGGUAAAAAGUUAUCCAGACCCCCUCCCCUAUUAGACCAGUAGUUUUUUUCCUUUAAUUCUUGUCAGACACCAAAUUCUUACAACAAUAGUAGAAUCGCAUGUUGGUAAUCAAUAUUAGGUAUGUAAAAUUUAAAUGUAAUGAAACAUUUCCUUGCUUAUUUAAGCUCGAGAGUAAAUGAUAAGUUCUGUGUUUUCUGAGUCAAAAUUUUAAUCCAUUCCCCAUCAAACGUUCCUGGAUACGCUCCUGUCUUCCGUUGAUUUUCUUCUUGCUCGUCACAUUUGUGUGACUAAUUUGUUCCCAAAUUUGAUUGAUUGUUUAAUCUAUUUAUUUCUACGAUGUUUCUCAGAGAGUUGUUACAAAGAAGCCGACAGCCAACACCUUCCAUUACUGUGCGCUUUCAACAGACGAUUCGAUCCAACAGUUCGGUCUGUGUUCGACAGAGUUCGAAAAGACGACAUUGGCAACAUUCAGGUCGUUAAGACAACCAGUCGGGACUCUCCCCUGCCAUCAGAAGGUUUUCUAAGGAUUUCCGGGGGAAUCUUCCAUGACUGCUGCGUUCAUGACGUAGACGUCAUAUGCUGGAUGCUGGGUGAAGCUCCUCAUACAGUCUUCUGUCUCGCCCAUGCCUUCCAUGCAUACAUCGGAGCCAUGAAUGAUGUAGAUACAGUUGGAGUGGUCAUGAAAUUUCCAAGUGGCGCCAUCGGUCAGAUAGAUCUGUCACGCCAUGCUGUUUAUGGCUAUGAUCAACGUGUUGAAGUGUUUGGAUCUGAUGGAAUGCUCACCAGCGACAAUCAAAGCAGUCUCUGUGCCACCUAUUUUCACGCCAGUGGGAGCACACAGAAUCCCAUCAAAUUUUCCUUUCCACAACGAUAUUCCGAAGCUUAUGAGUUAGAAAUGAAUCACUUUAUCGACGUAAUCAAACGUAAAGAUGACUUGCUCAUCUCCAAAGAUGAUGUACUACGUUCAUUCACCGUCGUGGAAGCUAUUGAGAAGUCUUUCCAGACCGGACAACCAGUCAGUUUAUGAAAAGAGAUGAUUGAUAAGAAAUGAAAUCUGAAGUAUGGCAAUUACUGGUGGUUUUUGGCCUAUAUUCUGAAAAUUUUAAGUUAAUUUUACUGAUUUUCGUCUUUUCUAGUGGUGAAAAAAUUUACUCAUAACUUCUAAAUGCAGAUUUAGAAGAAGAAGAAGUAAUUUAGAAUUACAUUUAACUAUAAAACAUUGCGAUAAAACAUUUCUUAAAAGCAUUUUAAGAUUGCCAAAAAACGACGUUUUCGUGCCCAUUCUAUGAAUGAUGAAGAUACAUCGGUCUUAAUAAUAAAGAUGCAGAUUAUGUCAGGUAAGAGACCAGUAUGUCUUCAUCAUUCAUAGAAUGGGUACGAAUCUCAUCAGCAAAGGCAAAGGCGUCAGUGAUUGUUUCUCAUAUGAUCUGUGCGAUGCAGAUUAUGUCGGGUACACAGCCUGAUACCUUCAUCAACACAUUGCUGAGCACAAAUAUUCGGCAAUCGGUCGACAUUUCGUGGAAGCUCACUGUAGCAACCACCUCUUGAAAGAAAACCAAUUUAGAGUUUUAAGAAAGUGCCAGGGAAAUUCUUAUUGUUAGUCUUUGAAAUGCUGUUCAUCAAUAAUCUCUUUAACCUAAUUUAAAUAUCCAGAUGGACUCCAUACGUGCCAAACUUUUUGUUUGAUUACUAUUGUUUUUUUCUUACAAUUUAGCUUUUUAUCAUCCAUUGGUAUAGAUAGCCUGCAGCAAACAAAUAUUUUUUCGACUUGAUAAUGACGUUUAGCCAACGUCGAAACGUCAUUGUUUUUAGCAAUCUUAAAAUGUUUUUGAGAAAUGUUUUAUCACAAUUUUUUGUAGUAAAAUGCAGAUUUGUUGGACAUUGGAUUAAAUUUU